UUAUUAAUUAAACUAUUCCUAAUGUCGCGUUGUUGGAAACACGUAUAUAUUGCCAGCCAAUUAUUGAGGACUUGUAAUUAUUUUUAUUACAAACAAAGAAUUAACUUUGAUUAAUUAAUCAUUGAUAAUGGUGAAACCUAAGCUAUAAAAGAGGGAUGGGGAAGUUGUGUUUAUUCAUUAAGAGAAGAAGCUUAGACGCAAACAUGGGAAGUAAAACAAAUAUGGCUUCUCUCUUUGCAAUUGUAGCAAUAUUGGCUCUUUGCUUCCCCUCAAUAGCCAAUGCUAACUACCAAUACUCCUCUCCUCCUCCUCCUUAUGUCUACACCUCUCCCCCACCACCGCCGCCAGUUUACAAAUACAAGUCCCCACCACCGCCCACACCUGUGUACGUAUACAAAUCUCCGCCACCACCAACACCCGUCUACAAAUAUAAAUCUCCUCCACCACCAACCCCAGUGUAUAAGUAUAAAUCUCCACCACCACCGACUCCCGUCUACAAAUAUAAAUCUCCUCCACCACCAACCCCAGUGUAUAAGUAUAAAUCUCCACCACCACCGACUCCAGUCUACAAAUACAAAUCUCCUCCACCACCAACCCCAGUGUAUAAGUACAAGUCUCCACCACCCCCAACUCCGGUCUACAAGUACAAGUCUCCACCACCACCAACCCCAGUGUACAAGUACAAGUCUCCACCACCCCCAACUCCGGUCUACAAGUACAAGUCUCCACCACCACCAACCCCAGUGUACAAGUACAAGUCUCCGCCACCCCCAACUCCGGUCUACAAGUACAAAUCACCACCACCACCAACCCCAGUGUACAAGUACAAAUCCACACCACCCCCAACUCCGGUCUACAAGUAUAAGUCUCCACCGCCACCAACUCCGGUCUAUAAGUACAAGUCUCCACCACCACCAACUCCGGUGUACAAGUACAAGAUCUCCACCACCACCGACUCCCGUCUACAAAUACAAAUCUCCACCACCACCAACCCCAGUGUACAAGUAUAAGUCUCCACCACCACCAACUCCAGUCUACAAGUACAAGUCUCCACCACCGCCAACUCCGGUUUACAAGUACAAGUCUCCACCACCACCAACUCCAGUCUACAAGUACAAAUCUCCACCACCUCCAACUCCCGUCUACAAGUAUAAAUCUCCACCACCACCAACACCUGUCUACAAAUACAAGUCCCCUCCACCCCCAACUCCCGUAUACAAGUACAAAUCUCCACCACCACCAACUCCAGUAUACAAAUACAAGUCUCCUCCACCACCAACACCUGUUUACAAAUACAAGUCUCCACCGCCACCAACCCCAGUUUACAAGUACAGUUCUCCACCUCCUCCUCACCAGUACUGAGAAACCAAGUCAAGUUAAAAUAUCCCAAGUAAGUUUUACCCUACUGCCUCCUUGAGUUACAUAAUAUAUAUGUUGCAUUUUACUUUAACAAUACUGCAUCAUCUAGCUAUAUAAAUGAAACAAGUGCAUUGCAGUGCAUUAUUUGUCGACAUUCGAUCGAAGUAUUUUUAAUUAGUUUUACUAAUCAUUCAUUCUUCAUGAUCAUAAGUGAAUAUGUAUGUUGUAAUGACUAAAAUUCUAUUAGUUUGUGAUGCAGGGAAAGGAGAAUGUCUAAAAUAUAAAGUUGAUUGCGAGUUUUAGUGAGAGAUAAUGAAUUAAAGCGCGAUGGAUCCAUCCAUGAAGACAACCUUUCUCAUCAUUUGAUGUUUCGUUUUUUAUUUAUUGUUAUGUAGGUUUUAUUUUCUUUCAUUGUUGGUACAUCUUUAGUUGUGUUUAAUAUUAUUAUUUUAAAUUCUUUCGCAAAACGCAGAGGUUUCUUUUAUCCAAUAAAAUGUUCAAUUUUUUGUUUCAAAUUUUUGUUUUUACGGUCAUAUUCAUUAGACCAUUUAUAGCUGGGUACUUUAGAUACCUCUCAUGCUCUCAUGAACCGAAGAAGAAAUUAAAAAACUGAUAAAAAUUGUGAUGGUAAAUAUUUAUAAAUUAGAAGUCAUAUGUAAGCUACAAAUAAUAUCUAUUGAAAAAAAAUGAUAAAAAUACUGAAACUUACUAUAUUACGAAGUAUAUACAUGGUGACUACAGAGCAACGGUAAGAGUUGACAUAACAAUACACCUAUGCAUGGACCGAUAGAGUCAAUGAUAGACACCACAUAGGUUGAUUCUUGAUUAAUUAAAUUACGACAUCUUAGAAAUGCGCGCUAUCGCCGAUCAUACCAGAUCAAAAAACAGUUUGUGACACAGUCAUUGAUACAAA